CGGCCGCCGAUGGUCAAGAUUAACUGGACGGGUUGUAUUUAGACUCAUCAAUACUUUCAUUAUUAUUAUUAUAAUCAGUAUUUUUUUAUUAAUAUUCGCCUAACCUAAAAACGUUUCAGUAUUUUAGUUUAUGUAAUCUCUCACCGUUGUUCUUGUUUUACGCAUGUGUUCUUACUUAUGUUGUAUUAUUAGUAAAGGAAUGUUAAUUUUUAUGAAAAUAACAAUCGUGUUUAAUCAUUUGAUUUAGUAACCUUUACAUAGUCAUCGCCAGUGUUAAGUACACCUCACUUGCACUACACAUAGUGCUUACCUAAAUCCUCUAUUUAUUUAGUAUAACAAUAUAACUACGUAAGUUUUCGUAUUCGAGCGAUGCGUCUUGACAUUUCCGUAGCGUGGUCAUUGUGGUUGCUGUAUACGUUCAUACGCAACUAUUCGGCAGCAUCAGAAAAAGGUGACGGAGCACUGCUGCUAACUCCUCUUAUACGAAAUGGUCGAAUCGACGAAGCUCGAGCAGCGUGCAACGUCACGUCCCUGGAGCCGACUAUCGAGAGCUACUCCGGUUACCUAACCGUGGACGAAGCGCACGGUUCCAAUAUGUUCUUCUGGUUCUUCCCAGCCGCGAACGGUAAUUCGGAUGCGCCCGUUCUGCUGUGGCUACAAGGCGGUCCAGGAGCAUCCAGCAUGCUCGGUGUAUUCAAUUUGAACGGUCCAUUUUCGGUGCAGUACAAGUGUGAUGGCGGCAAACUCAAUUUGCGUGACCAUGCGUGGACGACUACGCAUUCGGUGCUAUACGUGGACAACCCGGUGGGCACAGGCUUUAGCUACACCGCCGACGAUUCUGGUUACAGUACCGACCAGACAGCUGUCGCUCGGAACUUGUACGCCGUUUUGGUACAAUUCUUCGAACUGUUCCCCGAGUACCAGAAGAACGACUUCUACGUGACCGGCGAGUCAUUUGCCGGUCAUUAUGUGCCAGCUAUAUCGUACACAAUCCAUCAGAACAACCCUGGGGCUAAGGUCAAGAUCAACCUUAAAGGGCUGGCAAUCGGAAAUGGCCUAGUUGACCCUAUCAACCAGCUGUUCUUUGGCGAGUUCUUGUACCAAAAUGGAUUGGUUGACGAAAAUGGAAAGCAAAAAUUCGAACAAUUUGAGAAUGCUGUUCACGCUCAGAUCCUCGCCGGUGACUACAAGGGUGCAUUCCGCAUAUUCGACGAGAUGUUGAACGGCAUAUUCUAUCAAUACCCGACGCUGUUUCAGAACCUGACCGGUAUGCAUUACUACUACAACAUGCUGCUGGACCAGAAACCACCUUCGUCCGAUGAUUGGAUGAAGUUCGUUCAAAAACCGUCCGUGAAGGCCGCGUUGCAUGUGGGCUCACGGCCGCUGAAUAACUUUACAGUGGUCCAUCGGCACUUGCUUGGUAACGUACUGCAAUCAGUGGCCCCAUGGUUGGGUAGCCUGUUGGAUGCUGGCCGGUACCGGGUUUUGUUAUACAGUGGACAGCUUGACAUCAAGUUACAUCACCGGGGCACCAUGCAUAUGGCUCAGUUGCUUGAAUGGUCAGGCGCAGAACGAUUUAGAAAUAACGCGAAGCGUACCAUUUGGCGCGUUCACGAACAGAAAAAUGGAUGUGACGGCGGUAACAAGACCACCGUGGCCGGUUACGCGACAACGUCCGGUCCACUGACCGUGCUUUUAGUGAGGGAUGCUGGCCACAUGGUGCCAGCCGAUCAGCCGGUAUGGGCCCUCGACCUCAUCGACCGGUUCACUGGCGGCAAAACGUUUUGACCUACAGGAACCGCGAUUCGUCGACGAUAAUAUUAUACUAAAGACGAUUUUUUAUUAUGUACUAAUAAAUAUUAUAAUUAAUAUAUAUUAUUAUGAAUUCAAA